AUCUGCGAGUUUCUUCAUCAGUCUGAUCUCCGCCGCCGCUCGCGCUCUUCAUCACUGACGAUGACGUCUCCCGUAUGAAUAUCUCCAAUAAGUGAUCAGUUUAUUGAUUGUAUCGACUGGAAACGUCCGGAGCCAGAACCCGACCGGGACGGACCGAACCGGGUUAUCGAUCCGGACUGAGACAGUGAUCGGGACCACAUACAUCGGCACGUUAUCGGCACAUUAUCGGCACGUUAUCGGCACAUUAUCGGCACAUGGCUAUGACGAAGGGCAGGGGGACCCUCAGGGACCUCCAGCUGGCUCUGCAGCUGAAGAUCGAGGAGCUGCGACAGAGAGACUCUCUCAUCGACGAGCUGGAGCUGGAGCUGGACACCAAAGACGACCUGAUCCGCCAGCUGCAGGUCGAGCUGGACCGCCACCGCAACGCCUCGCAGCACGCCGUCAACGCCGGGGAGACCGCGAACACGGGAGCGGCGGUUCAAACUCCGGCUCUACCGGAUGAGCCUCAGCGCACCAAGAGACAGGCCAUCUCUGCAGAGCCGACAGCGCUGGACCCGUCGCAGCUCACCGACGUCACCCUCACCAGCUACUGCAAGACCAAAGAGUCCAGUGAGCUGAUCCAAAGAGCUCUGAUGGACAACGACUUCAUGAAACAUCUGGAACACGGGCAGAUCCUCACCAUCAUGGACUGUAUGCGUCCCACCAGCCUCACCAAGGGCUGCUGCGUCAUCCAGGAGGGAGACGACGGCUCCACAGUCUACGUUCUGGAGGAGGGAAUGGUUGAGGUGACGAAACAAUCAAAGACUCUCUGCACCAUCGGUCCAGGAAAGGUGUUUGGAGAGCUGGCAAUCCUUUACAACUGCACUCGUACAGCAACAGUAACAGCGCUGACGGACAUCAAGCUCUGGGCGAUUGACCGACAGGGUUUCCAGACCAUCAUGAUGAGGACUGGUUUCAUCAAACACUCCCAGUACACUGACCUCCUCCGCAGCGUUCCCUCCUUCCAGUCGCUACCUGAGGACAUUCUCAGCAAACUGGCUGAUGUUUUGGAGGAGACUCAUUACAGCGACUCUGAUUAUAUUAUCCGUCAGGGAGCCUCCGGUGACACAUUCUUCAUCAUCAGCGAAGGACAGGUUAAAGUCUCUCAGCAGAACUCGGCCAACGACGAGCAGCUGACUGUGAAGUCUCUCUCUAAAGGGGACUGGUUCGGAGAGCAGGCUCUGAAAGGGGAGGACGUUCGCACAGCCAGCGUCACUGCCGUGGGAGACGUCACAUGUCUGGUCAUCGACAGGGAGUUGUUUAAACAGCUGAUCGAAGGACUCGAUGAUGUCAACAACAAGCAGUACGACAGCAAUGAGGUCAAUGCAAAACUGCAGAUGGAGACAGAUUUCUUCUCCAGCGUGUCACUCAGUGAUUUCAACAUCAUAUGCACUCUGGGGAUGGGAGGCUUCAGUCGAGUGGAGCUGGUGCAGUUAAAAAAUGACGCCAGCCGAUCGUUUGCCCUCAAAGUGCUGAAGAAGCGUCACAUCCUGGACACCAGCCAGCAGGGCCACAUCCUGUCCGAGCGCCGCAUCAUGAUGGAGGCUCACAGUCCGUUCAUCAUCAGGUUGUAUCGAACCUUCAGAGACUCCAAAUAUCUCUACAUGCUGCUGGAGGCUUGCCUUGGAGGAGAACUGUGGACGCUGCUGCGAGACAGGGGCUCGUUUGAUGACGGCAUCACUCGGUUCUACACCGGCUGCGUCAUCGAGGCUCUGGCGUUCCUGCACUCCAGAGGAAUCAUCUACAGAGACCUCAAACCUGAGAACAUCAUCCUGGACCACCGAGGAUACGCCAAGCUGGUGGACUUUGGCUUUGCUAAGAAGGUGGGUCUGGGGAAGAAGACGUGGACGUUCUGUGGGACUCCGGAGUACGUCGCCCCUGAGAUCAUCCUGAACAAAGGCCACGACAGUUCAGCUGACUGCUGGUCGCUGGGAAUACUGGUGUUUGAGCUGCUCAGUGGCAGUCCUCCUUUUUCAGGCUCUGAUCCCAUGAAGACAUACAACAUCAUCCUGAGAGGCAUCGACAUGAUCGAGUUUCCCAAGAAGAUCACCAAGAGCGCCGCUAACCUCAUCAAACGACUGUGCAGGGACAACCCGUCGGAGCGGCUCGGAAACCAGAAGAACGGCGUGAAAGAUAUCCAGAAACACAAGUGGUUCGAGGGCUUCAACUGGGACGGCCUCCGGCAGGGAACCAUCGGCUCUCCGUUCACCCCCGCGGUGAACGGACCGCUGGACAACAGCAACUUUGACUAUUUCCCAGAGGACGUAGACGACCCUCCUCCCGACGAAGAGUCCGGUUGGGACCUUGAGUUUUAGCAGGAAGCGAUUAAAGUGAAGGAAACGAGGAAGUGAAGCCAUAAAUGGAAGAGUUUUUAUUUCUUAUGAAUGUUUGUACUGAAAGUCUCAGAGCAAAAUGAAUAUCGAAUACAGCCGAUAAAACAAUUAUUAUAUAUUAGUAUCAGGACCAGUGUGAAGAAAAAAAGAAUAAAAUCCAAAUAUUAAAAAACAAAAGUGUAUUAACUUUGAGUAAAAAGUCACAAUAUUAAAUAGUAAUAUAAUUUACAAGAAUAAAUUAUAAUAUGUUAAGAAUAAUCAAGAUAGAAACUGAUUUGAGACAAAAGUAAUGAUAUCUCUAAAAUAAAGUCUAAUAUUUAGAGAGUAAAAUCGUACUAAAAUAUCUCAAAAACAAAGUUAUACAUUUUAUGAAAAACUGAAAUAUGUAGAUAAAUAUUCAGAAAACACGUCACAAUUUUACAAAAGAAGUUUUAAUUGGUUGGGAAUGUUUUCUAUUUUGUUAAAGAAAGUCGUCUAUUUUUAAUAUUUUUACUUUAUUUUGAAAAUCUGUGUCCAUUAUUGUCAUUAUAGUUAUUUUAAACCACAAAACCUUGAGCAGGCUCUUCCAGUUAUCCAGUUAUUCAGUUUCAGGGUCCGUCUAAUGCAGAAAGAAAAGAGUUACUGUGAGUAUUAUUGAUGCAGUGUUAUUAUAUUCGAUUGAUCAGGAUCUGACACAUUCAGUGUUCGCUCUGAGCUUCUUUUCAUUCUUGUAUUUUAAUCUCUACUCGGUGCCUUAAACACAUUUCAGCAUUUCCUUCUGAGUGAGAUCAAAAUCAAUUCACACUGACUGAGCAUCGUGCUGCCUUCAGGUACCAGGCCUGCUGGGACACCAGACAUACGUCAGAGCUGAUUGAGUAUAUGAGCGAUGGAACCGCGGGGUGAAUACGACGGGGACGGCUCGGCUUUAAAAUCCCCAAGUUACUGAGAUGUUACAUUUAUGAGCAGAGGGAAGGAAGAUCUGAUCAGCAGCCGACAGUUAAAGGAUGUUUUAUUUCUUCACUUUAACGCCGUCACUGUUUCCUCCAGUGAGACACAUUCUCACUUUGAGUUUAUCAGGUAUUUUAUUAAACUCCUCAAACAGUUUAAACCUCCUCUCUGAUUAAAACCACUAAACACACUGAAUAAAGCAGUUCCACCUUAACAAUCACUGCUUCUCCCACGCUGUUGGACAGACAAAGGACGUCCCGGAGGGGCUGCGAGCCGAGCUGCUGCUAACGUUAGCUCAGCUUGUUUCUCUGAUAACUUAAGAUCCAGACGUCCGAUGACCAAAAUCCUUCAUCCGGUUCAAAUCUAGAGUUAAAAAGCACCAAGAUCUAAACAGUGGAUGGUAACAAUGUGGCUUCACACUGGAUCAACAGUCAAUGUAUGACAGCUCCUCUUUUUACAUUAAAUAAGUUGACUUUAUUUUGAAAAUCAGACUUUUCCUCCUAUAUUCCCUUUUAUUGAAUAUCCCAACAGAGACUUUAUAAGGUUUCACAUUGUCAGUGAGCUUCUUCUUGUUUCCUGUUUCAUUUGUGGAAUUUAAAGCUGCAUUUGUUCCCAUUUUUGGACAGUUUUCUUCCUUUUGUGUCUUUGUGUUAAACUUCAGGACAGAAAUAUUGUAAAACCUGAUGAGUUAGUUGUUUCCAUUUAAAUUUAUUAACUCGAACGAUUGAAGCAUGAAAGAUGUUUGAUUUGAGUAAAAGUAACUCAAGUAUUUAUAGUUAAUGUAACUUCAGUAAAUUUAAUUAAUUCCAUUUAACUGAACAACUGAGUUGAUUCAACAAUUCAUCUUUGAGUUUAAUUAAUGUGAAUGAGUGACUCCAAGUUUUUUUUAGGAUUAAUUUAUGUUUUAUUAAUAUGUGUUAUCAGGUUUUACAUUGCGGUUUAAAUCGUAUUUAUAAAAUAUUUGUGUUAUAUUUUGCUGAGACGCUGUCGGCCUUUGUGUGUUUGUGUGUUUGUGUGUUUGAAUCAGGGAAUUAAUUAAAGAUUAAAGUUACCUGGGAAUAACCGGAGCUCCUUUAACGAGCCUUUAGAGGUGAUUGUUCUUCCACUCUGGUUGGUUUGAGUGCUGCAGGCGGAGUUAAUGAAAACUGAAGCGUGAGCGGCGGCGAGAUGUUUAUCAGCCCGUUGACCUCCGGGCGAGGGUCAGCGCUUCCUGCAGUGAACCCGGUGAACACGAUGGAAACGCGGCCGCCUCCUCUAACGACUCUCUCACAGUUUACUGAUAACGAACGCUCGGAUGAGAAACACUUUCCACAUUUCCUACAAACGACACGACGACACUUUAAAACCAGAGUCGUUAAUUUAACUCAAAAUAUUGUUGAAACUGAUUCAAUUAAAUAUUUUAGGUAAAACGAACUCAGUUAAAAAAAACAUUCUUUACUCAUUUUAAGUGACAGUGAUUUAAUUUAGUAGUUUUUAUUUGUCCUGUAAAAACAAAAGUAAAAAGUAUUUAAUCAGGAAUAUUUCUGUAACUUAAAAAACUAAAUUAGUGUCACUUUAUAAUUUAUUUAUUUAUUUUACAAAAUUGAGUUUAUGUAAUUUAAAAUGUUUGAACUUUGUACUGGAGCCAACGUUAGCUUAACUGUAGCUACAGGCAGACUUUUAUUCACUUAUUGACCUUUGACCUUUGUUCAGGAUUGACUCCUUCAAACUAAAAACUUUACACUGUAAAAAUGUGAAAUGUUUAAAAAAUAAAAAAUUUAAGUCAAUAAAAAAAUUUUUACUUUUACAGAAUUAAACUUAAUUUCUUAAAGGAAAAGUUUCUAUAACUGUUGACAAUAAAAUUAAUUAAAAUAUGUAAUAUCUGCUCACAGCUACAUUAUAAACCAAUUAUUAAUUAAUAUUAUCUGUUUAUUUAUUUAAAUAUUUUUAUAUUUUUGUCAAUAAAUUGAAUCUAUGCUGCUCGUUGUCUUCAGUGUGUUCCUGUUUGUUUUUAUAUUUAUUUAUUUGUAAUAAAUCUAAGUAUUUAUUUUUCUGCUGUUUGUCAGUGUGUAUUCAAUGCCUGCGAUCCUAAUCAAUAAUCAAUAAAGUUUAAGGUGUAAA